AUGUUCGUUUCAAUCAUCUUUCUUAUUUCUCUACUCAAUCUCUCGUCUGCUCAAUUGGUGAUCAAACCAUCGGAUUCAAUUGUCUUACGUGAUCAAUUUAAAUCCUUUGUUGCUUCAUGUACAGGACAACCAAACACUCGAGUUGCAACAUGGAGAUCACCAUUGCAGACCGAUAUUGCUGAAGAUGAUACUGCAAGAGUGACUGUUGAGCGUCAGACAUAUGGAUUACGAUUACGUAUAAGAAAUUUAACACGAUCUGAUCAAGGUAUGUGGGAAUGUUUGGGAUCCGAUCAAGAGGGACGACCGUUAUCACGUACUUUGCAAAUUAAUGUUAAAGUUCCGAUUACAUUUUUUGGUGAACCGAUUCAAUAUGCGGAAUUGAAUUCAGCGAUAAUCAUUAAAUGCCGAGUGUUGGCCAAUCCAGCGGCCGAAGUCACUUGGUUCAAAGGUCGAGAUAAGACGCGGUUGACUUCAUCGAAUUACGAGCGAAGCAACGAUGGACUAAAAAUUCUUCGCGUUUCAUUAGCGGAUAAUGAUGUGUUUUGGUGUCAAGCCGAUGUACUCGAAACAGGAGAAUCAAAAGACUACCCAAUUCAAGUUGUUAUUGCUCAGAGUAUCACACCGCCUCGAAUUGUUUGUGCCGCACCGUGUGCUGUGGAAAAACAAACAGCAACAUUGAUUUGCGAAGCAGGCGGAAUGCCACCACCACAGUUUAUAUGGUUUUAUGGACAGGAUGUACCGAUCGGAACCAAUGGCAUAUCGAAAUUUGUUGUUCGAGGAAAUACUCUGGUGAUUAAUUAUGUUGACGAAACUGAUAAUGGUCGAUAUUCGUGCCAAGCAUUCAAUGAUUACGAUCGACGUGGACAGCGAGCAGAAUACAUGUUGAACGUGAUUGUUCCACCACGAUUAGAGCCUAUACCACCCAUCAAAGUCAAUCUCGGCGACAAUACUCCACCGCAACGAGCCGUUUUUCAAUGUCGUGUUUUACGUGGUUCAGCAGAUAGUCUGAGUCUGGAAUGGCUACUAGCUGAUGGUACACCAGUUCAACCAAUCAAUGGAAUUUCAAUAGAUGUUACACAAUUAGCAUUAAAUCGUUUUGUUGAAUUACGUUUCGAUCCCGUACGUCGUGAGCAUCACGGCAAUUACACCUGUGUAGCGAAAAAUCUUGCUGAUAUCAGUACAACCAUAGCAAUGCUUGCUGUUGAAUAUCGACCGGUUUUCAUCGGACCGAAUAUUCCAGUCGUUUUCAGUGUUCCAAACUAUCGCGCAAUUAUGAAAUGUCAAUUCGAUAGUUAUCCGCAGCCGACUAUUCAAUGGGUGAAAAUGAUUCGAACUCAACAAGAUCCCGACGGGGGCCAUGUACUUGUACAAGACACCGAUCCGCAAGUCAUCGAUAUAUUAACUCGACAAAUUGGUCCUACACUCUAUGAAACACAGCUAACAUAUAAUCCUGCACAGCAAGAUUUCGGUUUGAACUUUGAAUGUCGAGCAAUCAAUCCUCGUAUUGGCCGCUUUUCAAUGAAUCUACGAUUGGCAGAACCUCCUCGACAAGUUCGUGUGGUGGAAGUCAAACCACGAUCGAAUUCUAUUCAGCUAAAUAUACAACCACCAUUAGAAUUAGGUGGUCUACCUCUCGUUGAAUACCUUGUUCGAUAUGAGCAAAGUGGUAUUCCCAAUUCUUUCAAAACAGAAACGUUUCCUGUUGUGUCUAAUGAACCUCAAACUCUUCGACUUGAAUCUCUUCAACCAUCAGCAACAUAUCGCAUACAAAUUGUUGCCAAAUCCCGUGCCGGAGAAGGAUCACCAUCGAUACCAUAUCAACUGAAAACACUCGAUCGACAAGUUCCACAAUUCAAGAUUCUUUCGUCAGAUAUGUCAUGUCUUGCCGAUCAUUCAUGUGCAAUCAAAUGGCUGUUGGAAUCCGAUGGCGGAUCACCUGUUACACGAACUGAAAUCUCCUAUGCAAAGUUUCGUGGUCCGAACGUCAUCGACCAAUCCAGUCCAGCGAUUCAACUUGAACCAUCAGCAACCGAAUUUGAAUUACAAGGUCUGCAAGCGGAUACGACUUAUUCAAUAACUGUUCGUCUAUUGAACGAAGCUGGCGUUGGUGAACAGAAAAUAUUGAAACAAACCAGCAAGUCACGUAUUGACAGAGAUUUGGCAUAUAGAUCAAAUCCACGUUCGGAGUCAUCCGUUAAACGAGUGAAAAGUCGCUACCCAAGUGUGUCGCUUAUUCUGGGCAUUAUUGCGAGUAUAAUCAUCGUUAUAACUAUUGGUGGUGUUAUUUUUUUUAUACUCAAAUGUCGACGACAACCAAACCCUUCCAAACCACCCGUAGCCAUUCGAACGAAAUUCACCAGGAAAGAUGGAUCUGGUCCUGAAGUUGAAGCACCAUUAAAUUCCAGGGAAAGUGUUCAGUCGUGA